AUGUGGUGGAGCGGUGAUGUCCGUGACUAUUGGCUUAUGCUUACAAUUCUCGAAAUGGUCAUCAUAUUUAUCAAUUUAUACUGUGUAUUUGUCGUAUUAUUGUUCUAUCGUUAUAUCAGCGGUGAAAUAACUCAUUACGAUGAGAAAGAAAAUUAUAGGCCAAGAAUGUAUGAUGAAUUCAAGAAAAACAAUUACCAUGUUAAUAACUAUCUACCUGAAUUGGAACAUCCUGUAAAAUCGGGUUAUCGGAAAAAUGAACCAUUACGACGUGAUCAGUACAAUCGUCUAAAAGAUUACACGAUGAUACAACAGCAAUCUGUUCCAGCUACUUCGACACACGUCCGAACAACAACCUUCGCGGAUGAUUUAGUUUCUACAUGGGUCAAAGAACAACAAUCUAUAAAAGAUUUGCCAGAUCAUGCGAACAGUGAACCAAUCAUAGAACGGAAACCGACAGAUAUCUAUUCAUUGAAGCAUUCAUAUUCCGUGCCAUCAAUUAAUGCGAAAACCUCAGGCGCUAGAUGUUGUCAUCGUCAUCGACGCAAACAUUGUCAUCAUCAUCUUCAUCAUCGUCAUCAUCAUCACCAUCAUCAUAAACAUCGAUCAGGCUCACGACGACAUGAUUACAGUGAUCAAAAUGAUUAUGGUCUACGGAGGAGCUCAUCAAGACAUCGUUAUCGUUUUCCUUCUGUAACAAGUAGCUCUGGAUCAGUGAGCACUGAUUAUUCAGAUUACUCACAUCUUAUCAGACGUCGUUCUCGAAGCCUUGAGAAUGGUAACGCAGCAAUAGAUGAUCUCAGAAUAGCUGAAGGGCAUCAUAGAUCACGGCGUACAAGAUUUGAAAAUUACCCCGACGAUUCAAAGCGAUUCAGAGAUCGUCGGCACGAAUCACGGAAGUCAAGGCGUAAUCAAUAUGACGUCAAAAAGGCAACUUCCGGUAAUACUUCACCAACUGUUGCUGUGCAAACAGAUUCGAUAUUAUCACAUUGGCCUCUGGAUCCGCAAAAGGGAUUAACACUUCCACAACAAAUCAUUAUUCCACCAUCACGUGGAAAUAUUGGCCCAGAUGGGCGUUCACAACCGCAAACGUAUCAGAUUAGCUCUGAAAUAAGGAUUUCAUACGAUCAAAAAGGUAGACCAGUGCCACAUAAAGUUUCCGCCUUAUCCAGGGCUCCAAACAGUGAGGAGGAAUUUCUCCCCACAUAUUCACAAUCUCGGAUCAUGCUAGUGUUCAAAUCGGAACGUGAUAUGCAACUUGGUGUAAUGUGA